AUGAGCGACGACGAGGCCGAUCGGGAGCUUCUGGAGUUGCUCAGACAGACUCUGGGCAUUGGCAGGAAGAAGUCCACUGAGAUCACAAGCAAUACUGGUGUCUUGAAGGAUGCCGAGUACAUCUACAACAAUGCCAUCGACGUUUCCAUCGAUAUGUAUGGCACGAAAGCUGCUGCUGCUGAGAUUCACAAGAGUAUGCAGCAGAAGAGCUAUUCGACGGAGACUUGGAUGCAGAAUGAGCUCCAUCCUAGACCGAGCGAGGGCUUCAGCGAGAAUGAUAUCGUCAACUUCAUCUUUACCAUGGACCUCUUGAACUACUCCUUCUGGUCCGAAUUGAGCAGUGAAGAACGUUACCAAGUCGAGUAUCGUGGCACCCGAUGGACUGGCUACAACAGCCUCGUGGCAUGUCUUCGCAGAGCGUUGGACGAAGGCAUACCUAUCACGACACCUGGGUACUGGACAAGCCAGGAGUUCUCCGAUCAAAUAGCCCACAACGUUUUCCGUAGCGCAACUGCAGAGCAGAUAACGCUUCUCGAAGAGCGAAUUGCGAGUCUAAGAGAGGCUGGCAAGAUACUCCAUGAGAACUUUCCUGGUGAUGGAGAUGACGACGAGAUGGAAGAAGCUGCACCGCAGACGACCGAACUGCUUGAUGAGGGAAGCGAGUAUAGACAAGGCUCGCGCAGCGACAUCGAUGGCCCUCCAGUCCUGGACAAGUCGCACGUCGGCGACUCUUCAGCGAAAGCUGUCGGAUCAUGCCAAGUUGUGUCCAAUGAUCACCCGGAGAUUGUUUCUGGUUCGAGGGAAUCAAGCGAAGCACUACUAGAGUUGACAAGUCAGUGUGAGCAAUCCAAUACAACUCUGGACCAACAACACUCGAGCGACCAAGUUCUUUCAUCGGAUGCACAAGACGCUGUGCCGCCAACCGUGGUGACGGACGGUCCCCUUACGUUGCAGUCGCAGAGUGGCACCGCGCAGCUAUCCGGAUCCCGGACCAGAACUCAGAGGCCAGACCAUGCAGUGGCCCGACUGAUACAACAAGCCGACAAGUCGGCUGGAAAGCUGGUCAACUUGCUUGCACAUCACUUUCCGUCUUUUCGAGAUGAGACUAGAUUCGAUGGCCGCAAAGUGCGCCUACUCAAGCGCGCUCAGAUCUUCGUAGCAGACUUGUGGGCGGCUCUCAAUGGCACCGGGCUGGGCGACUUUCACGAUAUUGAUCACUUGACAAUGUUUGCAGACUAUCGCGUGCCUCAAGUCCUGCACUCCUUUGGAGUACUGACGUACAGCCCACCUCUGGGCUACCGAAUCCAGAAUUUUGGACGCAUUGAAUCUGGACACUCCUGGGAAGUGCAACUCCGUGGCUGCAGCAUCUGGGCAGUUGAGUUGAUCAAACGCGAGAUCCUCAAAGCACACCCCGAUGCCAACGUCAAUGCCGUUCUGAUCGACUUCUUCCUCUACGACCUCGCAAAGGAGAAGGAGGCACAAGGUGUAUCCUCCCUUCCCCACCACAGAACUCGCUCCCAUUGGUACUGA